GGGCCGCUGGAUCCUGUAGGGAUUAGAUCCCGAGAGGCCGCCUCUGAACUGAUUCGUUAGGUUUCCUCUCGACCUUCGCUGAACCUUUCAGGUCCACAGACUGAGGAACCGUCUCCACCACCAUGGGAGGCGGAGACCUGAACCUGAAGAAGAGCUGGCACCCGCAGACCCUUCGCAAUGUGGAGAAAGUGUGGAAGGCAGAGCAGAAGCAUGAAGCGGAGAGGAAAAAGAUUGAGGAGUUGCAGCGAGAGCUUCGAGAGGAGAGAGCACGGGAGGAGAUGCAGCGCUACGCUGAGGAUGUCGGGGCUGUCAAGAAAAAAGAAGAAAAGUUGGAUUGGAUGUACCAAGGUCCAGGUGGCAUGGUGAACCGUGACGAGUACCUGCUGGGGCGCCCCAUUGACAAGUAUGUUUUUGAGAAGAUGGAGGAGAGGGAAGCUGGCUGCUCUUCUGAGACAGGACUCCUCCCAGGCUCAAUCUUUGCCCCAUCGGGCGCCAAUUCCCUUCUUGACAUGGCCAGCAAAAUCCGGGAAGACCCUCUCUUCAUCAUAAGGAAGAAAGAGGAGGAGAAGAAAAGAGAAGUUCUGAACAAUCCUGUGAAAAUGAAGAAAAUCAAAGAGCUGUUGCAAAUGAGUCUUGAGAAAAAGGAGAAGAAGAAGAAGAAGAAGGAGAAGAAGAAGAAGCACAAGAAGCAGAAGCACAGAAGCUCCAGCAGCGAUGGCUCCAGCAGCGAGGAGGAGCAGAGCCAGGCCCGGUCUCAAAAGAAGAUGGCAAAUUCCUUUCCUGUUUUGUCCAAAGUCCCUGGAUAUGGCUUACAGGUGAGGGAUUCUGACCGGAACCCGGGGCUGCAGGGUUCCCUGGGCGAACAAAGGGUGAUACAGAACCAUUCCCGGUCGGGAAGCUCCUCACCCCCCAGGCAUGUCAGCAAGAAGAGCACCAAGGAAGAGAGGCCCCGGGACAGGAAUUCUCGAUUCCCUGGCAGAAGGUCCCGGUCCCCACCGCCCAGCAAACCGCAUACCUCUAAGGUAAACAGGAAAGAGAGAGACAGCCCAUCACCUAAAAAGGAGACCUGCCAGAGGCGGCAUGCUUCUGGGUACACCAGAAAACUCUCAGCAGAGGAACUAGAGCGGAAACGGCAAGAGAUGAUGGAAAAUGCCAAGUGGAGGGAGGAAGAGAGGCUCAACACCCUCAAGAGGCACGCCAAGGAGGAUGAGCGGGAGCACAGGCUGGAGAGGUUGGACUCUCGCUCUGGCAAGUUCAUCCACCGCAUGAAGCUGGAGAGUGCAUCGACCUCCUCCCUGGAGGACCGUGUGAAGCGCAACAUCCAUUCUCUACAGCGGACAUCGGUGGCCCUGGAGAAGAACUUCAUGAGGAGAUGAAAAGCAGUCUCUCGUACUGCUUUGCCUGAAUUUGCCAGGGAGGUUACUGACUCUUACAAUUCUCUUCAUAAGAGUUCAGAUGGCUUCCUGUACAGAUGAGAACCCACCACUGUUCAAAGUGCCCUUUGUCCACCGACUCCUGACACUUCACGUCUGUUAAACACCGAUGUGACCAGAAGGCUUGGAUGCUUGUCACCUCUGUUCCCUCCCACCUGAAUGAAUGGAUCAGACUUCCAGAGGCCUCUCUUAAGAGCCACCCAGAUGGACGGUGCUCACUGGGAUAAACAAACAUUGACUUUAUUUAGUAGAUUAUGUGACAGAGUAGCCAAGCAUCAGGAAGAGCCAAGAGUGACAAAGAAACUGGAAGAGAAGACAGAACCAAAAGCCCUCAGUGAGCUGCUAACCGCCUGGCUUUACGCUGUAAUGGUGUAAUGUAUAUAUACAAAUGUAUAAUUCUAUAUUUGCUUGUAAAAAGUUAGCCUUCUGCCGGGCGGUGGUGACGCAUGCCUUUAAUCCCAGCACUUGGGAGGCAGAGG